AUGGCCACUGAGGUCCACAAUCUUCAGGAGCUCAGGCGAAGCGCUUCACUGGCCACCAAGGUCUUUAUCCAGAGAGACUACAGUGACGGCACCAUCUGUCAGUUCCAGACCAAAUUCCCGCCAGAGCUGGAUAGCCGGAUUGAGAGGCAGCUCUUUGAGGAGACUGUGAAGACCCUCAAUGGCUUCUAUGCGGAGGCCGAGAAGAUCGGGGGCAGCUCCUACCUGGAAGGCUGCCUGGCCUGCGCCACGGCCUACUUCAUCUUCCUCUGCAUGGAGACCCACUACGAGAAGGUUCUCAAGAAGAUUUCCCGGUACAUCCAGGAGCAGAACGAGAAGGUCUUUGCUCCCCGAGGGCUCCUGCUCACGGAUCCCGUGGAACGCGGGAUGAGGGUCAUCGAGAUCUCCAUCUACGAGGACCGGUGCAGCAGCGGAAGUUCCAGUAGCGGCAGCAGCGGCAGCGGCAGCAGCAGCGCCAGCGGGGGAGGGGCGGGGGCCCGGUGA